AUGGAGACCCUCAUCAGUAACGCCGAACUCUUAGCGAAUCCCAAGCAUAUCAUCGCAAAGCUGCGAGAUAUUGUGCAUCAUGAUGCUGUCACGGCUACCAUGGAUCGUGGCAACGCUACCUUUGGCAAUUCCUCCACGGCACUUGCCACGCAAGCCUCCCAGUUUGCAAACAGAGGCAAUAAUCCCAGAAAACGCCGCCCAAACCCAAAUGCCUGCUGA